CGGCGGUAGCUGCCAUCUUCUUUAGGCGCGCAGUUGUGAGGGCCGUGGGAAGGAGGUUUGGCAGGGCGCAGCAUGAUUGAAGAAGACUGGAACGCGGAGAUAGGGGACGAGGCGUUACUCACAUCCCUUGAGAAGGUUAGCUUGCUUGAGAGACCAGAUGAUCCCUCAUCUGUCUUCAGUCCAAGCAUAGACGCAUUUGGUGCUGAUGAAUUUGUGAAAACACAGCAUCAGUCAGUGAGUAGUUUUGGUAGAGGAAGGAAUUUUGAAGCCAAAGGUUUUCGAGAAGGAAAUGGAGAAGAUGCCACUACACAAAACAGAGGGUUUAAAGGAUUUGGGCAAGGUUUUCGAGAACAAAACACUGUAGAUGGUGCUAGUAUGCAGAACAGAGGGUUUAAAGGAUUUCGUGGUGGCUUUGGACAAGGUUUUCAAGAAGGAAAUGGAGAAGAUGCCAUUACACAAAACAGAGGGUUUAAAGCAUUUGGGCAAGGUUUUCGAGAACAAAACACUGUAGAUGGUGCUAGUAUGCAGAACAGAGGGUUUAAAGGAUUUCGUGGUGGCUUUGGACAAGACACUAAAGUUGGACAAAGGGGUGUACCUCAGUCUGGAACUCUCAACUUUAGAGAAAGAGGAGCUCCUGCAGAUGGUGCAGGUUUUCGAGAAGGAAAUGGAGAAGAUGCCACUACACAAAACAGAGGGUUUAAAGGAUUUGGGCAAGGUUUUCGAGAACAAAACACUGUAGAUGGUGCUAGUAUGCAGAACAGAGGGUUUAAAGGAUUUCGUGGUGGCUUUGGACAAGGUAUGAAACGUGGGCAGAGGGACGUACCUGGAUCUGGCACUCCUGUUUCUAGAGAAAGAGGAGCACUCACAGGUGGUGCAGGUCCAAAGGUGACUUAUGUGCCCCCUCCGCCACCUGAUGAUGAACAAGCCAUCUUUGCACGUUAUCAGACGGGAAUGAAUUUUGACAAGUAUGAUGAAAACACUGUUGAAGUUUCAGGACUGGACCCUCCAGCAGCAUUAAUGAGUUUUGCAGAUACUAACAUGUGUCAUACUUUAACUCUGAACAUUGUUAAAGCUGGAUUCUCUAAACCUACUCCAGUGCAGAAGUACAGCAUUCCUAUUAUACUGGCAGGACGGGAUUUAAUGGCAUGUGCCCAGACAGGAUCAGGAAAAACUGCAGCCUUUCUUGUACCAGUUGUGGCUCAAAUGAUGAGGAAUGGUGUAACUGCCAGUAGCUUUAAAGAGCAGCAAGAACCAGAAUGUAUUAUAACUGCCCCAACCAGAGAACUGGUAAAUCAGAUCUUCCUAGAAGCAAGAAAAUUCGUGUAUGGAACUUGUAUAAGACCUGUUGUGAUCUAUGGAGGUACACAAACAGACUAUUCAAUUCGUCAAGUAAAGCAAGGCUGUAAUAUACUGUGUGCCACUCCAGGAAGGCUUCUAGACAUCAUUGGAAGAGGAACGAUUGGUUUGCAUAACGUGAAGUACUUGGUGCUAGAUGAAGCAGACCGCAUGCUUGAUAUGGGUUUUGGUGCAGAUAUGAAGAAGUUGGUAUCUUUCCCAGACAUGCCACCUAAAGACAAGCGCCAAACACUGAUGUUUAGUGCCACUUUCCCUGAAGAAGUUCAGAGGCUAGCUGGUGAAUUUUUGAAAACUGAUUUUUUAUUUGUUGUUGUUGGGCAUGUUGGUGGAGCAUGCAAUGAUGUCCAGCAAAAUAUUCUUCAAGUUUCUCCGUAUUUCAAGAGGGAUAAACUAAUAGAAAUUCUACACAGCAUAGGUAAUGAACGAACACUGGUCUUUGUGGACACAAAGAAAAAAGCAGACUUCAUUGCAUGCUUUCUGUGUCAGGAAAACAUACCAGCCACUAGUAUCCAUGGAGAUAGAGAACAGAGAGAGAGAGAAAUAGCUCUUCGGGAUUUUCGUUCUGGAAAAUGUCCAGUUCUAGUGGCAACCUCAGUGGCAGCAAGAGGUCUGGACAUUGAAAGCGUUCAGCAUGUUAUUAAUUUUGAUCUUCCUUCCACCAUUGAAGAGUAUGUACACCGAAUUGGGCGAACUGGUCGUUGUGGAAAUACAGGGAAAGCAGUUGGCUUCUUUGAUAAUAAUUUGGAUGGUCAUCUUGCACGACCUCUAAUUAAAGUGCUUUCAGAUGCUCAGCAGGAAGUUCCUGUUUGGUUGACGGAAGUUGCUUUUGAGGUUGGAGGAGGAAGACGCCCAGUUAAUACCCAAAAGCAUUUUCUGCCCAUACUUACUGAGAAGGAAAUGUUCAGUAAUUUGAUUUGGAUGUUUGUCCUGCUCUGCAGCUCUGUAGCAGAUGAAAACUCUAUCAGAGAUGCUGACAUUUUUCCUUCAUCUCCUGAAAUUGAAAGAGGAUCAUCUCUGGAACUAUCCUGUGUUCUUAGAAAGACCUACAUGCCUCAGAGAAAUGCAAGCCACAUCAUCUGGAAACUGAAUGAUGCAUUGAUUGCUCCAGAAAACUAUAACAUUGUGAAUGAGACUGUAUCUAAUAUAACCAUUCAUAAUUUCACUUAUAGCACAGCUUAUGUGAAAUGUUUCAUGAAGUACUUGGACAAGGAACUACCUUUGGUUCACACAGAAGUUAAAUCUGGCUUUCGUCCAGACAUGCCAGAAAAUAUUUCCUGCAUUUACUUCUAUGAUGUUAACCUUACCUGUACCUGGAAUGCAGGAAGAGAAACAAGUUUUGCAACAAACUAUACUCUUUACCGAAAACUGAUGAGUUCUCCAGAUACAGUCAGAUCCUGCCAGAAUACAACAGAGUCGUGUUCAUUUUUUUAUCCAUACAAUGAUUAUAGUAAUGAUUUUUGUUUUCAGGUGGAAGCUAAAAAUGUUUUGGGUGAAUCUUUAACAGAGUGUGUUUCUAUACCUUUGCAAAAAAUAGAAAAAUUUGCUCCUCCUGAAAUACUUUCACUUAAAAAAAUCCCUGGUAUAAAGCAGUUACUUACAGUAACCUGGAAAAUGCCUGAGAAGAUUAUCCCUUUAAAAUGUAUAAUUUGCCAGGUUCAAUACAGAAACUUGUAUUCAAACUUUACCGAAUUUGUCAAUGUCUCACUGAAUUCUAACAAGGAUAUAGGAUCAUGUAAUCUCACAGGUCUGUGGGACUCCACAGACUAUUCUGUUGCUGUUCGGUGUAUCAAUAAUGAGUCAGCAUUUUGGAGUGGAUGGAGUGAAGAGAAAAACGAAAGCACGGAAGAAAAAUCUCCUUCAGCAAAAGUGGAUUUGUGGAGAGUAAUUGAGUCUUCACACUCAUCUAGAAAUAGAUCUGUACAUCUUAUGUGGAAGCCAUUAAAAAGCUUUCCACCUUCUGGGAGAAUUCUAGGUUACAAAAUACAGUACUUUCCAGAAAACAAGACUGCACAUAAAAGGACAAACAACUCUACUGAAAAGAAAAUCACCUUACUUUUAAAUCAAGAGGCACAUAUAAUAUCUGUCACUGCCUAUAACUCUGCUGGAGAGUCUCCUGAAGCUAUUUUGAGGAUUCCAUCCACUGAUGAAAAAUCUUGUCAGAUGCUUGAAACAGUGAUAACCUCUACAACAAACGAAGAAGUGGUGGUGCAGUGGAUAACCUCUGAACCAAAACCAACCAAAUAUGUGGUUGAGUGGUAUGAGGAAUUGGAGAUGGACCCCUUUCGUAGAUCAUGGCAAUAUGUAUCAAAUUCUACAGAGUGGAAAAAUAACAAAAAAAAUUUUAAACCAUUUAUAUGCUAUAACAUCUCGGUGUAUCCUCUUUAUGGAAGUACUGUAGCAGCUCCAUUUUACACACAAAUCUAUGCUGAAGAAAAAAAGCCGUCAGAAGGGCCUGUGGCUGAUAUAGGCAUUCUGGGGAAAAACGAAGCUGCAAUAAAGUGGAAUGAGAUUUCAAAGGCUAAAAGAAAUGGAUUUAUCACUAACUAUACAAUAUUUUAUAAACCUGAAGAUGGAAAAGAAUUGAACGAAACAGUGAACUCUGACGUUCUGCAAUACAGACUGAAAUCCUUACAGGCUAAUACACAAUAUACUGUUCAGAUCAUGGCAAGCAACCAAGCUGGUGGAACCACUGGAGAGCCAAAAACCUUCAAGACUUUGAAAUUGGAUAAAGAAGAUGUAGUUUUUGUUGCUAUACCUGUUGGGUUAAGCAUGUUGUGUCUGUUGGGCCUUUGGAUAACAUGUGUUUUGAAAAAACAUGCGUUUAAAAAGGUUUGCUGGCCUGAUAUACCAAAUCCUGAAGAGAGCCUUGCAGUGGAAUGGCCUCUUGCUUCAUCUAUGAAUAAUUCAUUUUUGAAGAGAGUGUCAUCGCAAACUAAAACCGUAGACUUUGAAGAUAUAAAUGUUUUGGAAUACUGUUUUCCUGAAGAAAGUCAGGAAGGAUCACUACUAAUAAAUUUUGAGAACCAUGUUUCUGAAUGUACUGAUAGUAAUACAGAAGGCAUAACUAACAGAGAUGAAAAGAUACUGCAUAAUGAAGAGAAUGAAGCUGCAAAAUGUUUUUCCCAAUCCAUGCCCUAUAUAAUUAGUGAUCAAUUUACCAGAAGUCAAAUGCAUUCAGCUUUGAUACCAGUGAAGGAGAUCCAACCCAUUGAAAUGGUGGCAAAUGAUUUGUGUGGAUCCCAACAGACUCCAAUUAAAAAUGAAGAAGAGAAUGAUGAAGAAGUUUUAAAGCUGGAAGAUUUAAGUGAAAAGGCACUGUUCAAUCCAUACCUUAAAAAUUCCGUUAAAACAAGGGAAUUUCUUGUUUCUGAGAGCUUGCCAGAACACAGUACGGGUGAACACAAAAGCCAGUCAAGCGUCUUACCUCCUUUUCAACCAAACGUUCCAGGACAAUCCUACAUAACAGUGGACAUGUUCAGGCUGCCCAAAGCUCAGUAGUGUGAGAAAACUCCAUCAUAAAUCAAAAAAUGAGAUACCCCUUGCUGCUGCUGCUCAUAGACAUUCUUAUGUUCUAAUGUGGCUGAUCUCAGUUAAUUUGGAUGGGAACACCCUCUUUCUUCAACCAGCUGUGAAGUAAUUUUUACACUGUGUACAUGUCAGAGGUCACUUUCAGUGAGGAUGUUUGGGGUUUUUGUUAGGGUUUUGUUUUUUUUUUUUUUCCGGUUUGUGUCUUUUUUUUUUUUUUUAACCAGGCAUGCCAGUAAUGAAGCAAAAGAAAUUGCUUUUGUUAUUUCUUCUUAGUUCUCCUGUAUCAAUCUGCUAAAACAAACUGAUAUUUGCUGCAGGAGCAUCCAGAAGUACAAGCAGCUCAUCUCCUUCUCCCCACCCAACCAGUUCCCAAGGCUCAGCUUUGAUGGGGAAACAUGGGUGGACUUGAACAGAGUCAGAAUCUGCUGAAUCCUUCCUUCAGUUACAUGAAACAGAACUACUUUCCUGUUCUUAUUUCCCUUAUUUCCCUUAUCGUAUUUCAUGUGGUUUUAUAUAUCAUGUUUCUCGUUUUACAAAUAUUUUCUAGAUUUCAGUAGUUGUCUUUUUUUAUCCUGACUCUUGAAUCAAUAGUUUGGCUCAUAGUUUCUUGUCUUUAAUAAGAGUAUACUUGCUAUGUUAUCUGCAUUUUGGAAGAUGUGUUAUGCUAUGUUACUUCCUUUCCUUUCUCAUAUUUUUAAUAGUCCUCAGCAUUUUGUGCUGGUUUUGUUUCUCCUGUGUGUUUCCUGCUUUUAAAAUCUGCUUACUGAAGGAUAUUUUCUUAUUUUCUUGUUCCUUGCUUCUAAUUUGUUUCAAUUUAAAACUGCAUUUCCCAGCUGAGAUUUUGAUAUUUUGAACUGAAACAAAAAUCAACUAGAUAUGUGAUCUUGUAUUAGAAAAAGCACUGAGUUAGAAAGUUAUUUUUCAGGGAGGAAAUGAAAAAACAUUAAGUCUAUAAAAUCUUCCCAGAUAAACUCUCUGGUAAUUGAUUUAAGAUUGGGUAUUUCUACAUGAAAGGGGUAACUUUUGUAAUUUGUUUUAUGAUUUUGAGUAAAAUCAAAUUGUAAUUUCCAUUUUACAAAUCAGCAAUUAAGCAGUAAAACACUUAAUCAUACUAAUUUUUUAGAAAAAAUAAAGAGGCCAUAAUUGUAAAACUCUUACUGAAAUACUCUACUAAAUAACAGGUUAAAAAAUAUGGACAGUCUAAGUAAAUUGUGUUAGAAGGGGGUGUUCAGUAUGUCACAUAUGGGGGAUAUGGUAAUUUUAAGACUUUGAACUAUUUUUACAGUAUUUAGAGGCUUUAGAGUCUUAUUUGCACAAGAUUGUAAUUUGCACUACUACAGAUUUCUUCCAGGGUAAAAAAAAAUACAGGAGUUUUGGGGAUAGAAAAAUGAAAGACAAAUGUGAUUAGGAUUAGAAAGCCUUUUCUUUCUGUGCAGGAAGAGGAGUGGAAGAGUGGAAAAUAUAUUGUAAACAUGAACGAGGAUGCUGAGCCUUUCCCUGGAUGCAGUGGCUAUUACUUGCAUUUUUUGGCGGGGAAACAUUGUAAAAUUUUGCAUUUAGGAUCUUUUUCUCUAGUUUGGAAGCUGCUUUAGCUUAGAACAAUGUUCCUCUAGUUGCCAAGAAAGGAUGGGAAAACAACUUCUGCAAAUGUUCCUUAUCCAGCAACACUGAUUUCCACUUCUCCUGUUUUUUGGAUCACUUUCUCAACCACAGUGCUCCAAGAUGAAAUGCAUGUGUUUGCUCUUAUAAGCCCUUGCUUACUUAAGUCAUACUCUGAAAUUAGGACAAAGCUUUGGUUAGGUCAGUGCUUUUUUCUGCUGCUUCAGUUGGUUCUAGACUUCUCACUCACAGCUACAGUGUUGUCUCCCUGGGCUCAGAACUCACUGAUCCCAUCACAGCAAUUUUUCUUCCUUUAAAUCUCAGUGUUUGUUUUAAUAUCACAAUAUAUUAAAAAUAAGCAUAUGCAAAGAUAUUUUGAGCCUUUCUAGGAAUUGUUUACCAGCCAUAUGAAAACUGCAUAUUCUGAGUUGCAUGUUUGAGACAGGUAAAAAGUGAAAAUAAUGGAACCUUUAUGGGAUCAUUAGAAAGGGUGAAUUGAUAGGUAGGAUGGUGGAAAUUGCUGGAUGUCUUGAGUAGGUUAUCCUUGUAACAAUUCUUAAGUUCUGGAAGGUAAGUAUAUCCUUCUUUUUUAUCCCACUUUAUUUCCUUCCCUAUUGAUGUUCUGCUUUUCUCUCCUCAUUUUUCUGCUUCCCUUCCCCAUUAUUUUCUCAGAAAAAGCAAAAUGCUAGAAGUGGUCUUAAUACUUUCCAGAAAGUAAGGCUGCCUUUUGCACGUGCUUCGGAAUGAAAUUAUCUUGCACUUGGUUUAUUUUGCAUUGGGAAUUGUACUCUUUCUGACCUUUUGCAAUUUGUCUUUCAAACUAGC